AUGGAACAGAAUAAACUGAUGGAGAGUGUUAAACAAAGGCUUAAAGACCAUCUUCAGGACAAGUUUACAUGGAUACAUGAGGGGACAUCGGAUAGUCGGUCUCGACUUGACAGUGUCUACACAAGACUGUUCAUCACCCAGCAAGCUCAGGAAUUUAGUUCCAUACCACACGAGAUUCUAGAUCACUUUAAUGUCCCAGAUCAGCAGUCACCAUUUUCAGAGGUUAAUUAUCAACAGAUUGACUGCCUGAAUAUCUUUAAACCAGGAAGAAGCAAUGUCCAACAGCAACCAGCAAAAGACAAGGCAAUCCAAAGAGUCUUGACGAAAGGGAUCGCUGGUAUUGGAAAGACAUUCACUGUCCAAAAUUUUGCCCUCAACUGGGCCGAAGGAAAAUCCAACCAGCACAUUGAUUUUAUCUUUGUGCUCCUCUUUAGAGAGCUGAACAUGCUCAGAGAUGGUGACUACAGUCUGCUGCAACUUCUUCUUUGUUUCUACCCUGAACUGAAACCCCUGGAAGGUAUGCAGCAGCUUGUUAACAAGCAGGUGCUGUUCAUCUUUGAUGGCUUGGAUGAAAGUAGAUUUCCACUGGACUUUGAUGGAAGUGUAAGAAUGGAUGACAUGAAUCAGAGAUCAACAGUCAAUGUGUUGCUGACCAACCUCAUCAAAGGCAACCUGCUGCCUGGUGCUCUGCUGUGGGUAACAUCCAGACCUGCAGCAGCCAGUCAGAUUCCUUCAAAAUACAUUGAUCAGAUGACAGAAGUCCAAGGCUUCACUGAGCAACAAAAAGAAUUAUACUUUAGUAAGAGAUUCAGCACAGCCAGCCAGGCCAAAGAAGUCCUGUCUUGUCUUAGAGGAAUGAUAAGCUUCUAUUUUAUGGGCCAUAUUCCAAUCUUUUGCUGGAUCAUUGCUGAGGUGUUUAGGAAAGGAUGGAGUGAUGAAAAGAGUCGCAGGAUCACAACAAUGACAGAACUGUACAUUUAUUAUUUACUCAUUCAAACACAAAGAACAACACAGAAAUAUGCAGGGAAAAGCUCAAAGAAGAGAGCCAAAAAGAAAAAGUCUCAGGCCCAGAAUUCUGCCAUGCUGUCAAACCUGUCCAAGUUGGCAUUUGAUCAGCUGCAGAAAGGAAACAUCAUAUUCUAUGAAGAGGACCUCAGAGAAAGUGGCAUCAACGUUGAUGAAGCUUCAGUGUUUUGUGGGUUUUGCUCAGAAAUCCUGAAGGAAGAACGUGGUCUGUACAAGAAAAAGAUGUUCAGCUUUGUGCAUUUAAGCUUUCAGGAGUUUCUUGCAGCUCUUUACAUGCACCACUGCUGCAUGACAAAGAACAUCAACACUUUGAAGUCUUUCCUGAGUACUGAUCCUACAGAUAUGAGCUUUCUUGAACUACAGAAAAAGGUUGUGGAUAAAGCCAUGCAAAGUGAGAAAGGUCAGUUAGAUCUGUUUCUCUGUUUCUUCCUUGGAUUUUCCCUGGAGUCCAAUCAAACAAUGCUGCAGAGUUUACUGCCUCAGGCAAAGAGCAGCUCGGACACCAGUGAAGAGAUGAAGGGAUACCUAAAAAAUUUCCAUGCAGAAAACAUUCCACGAGAGAGGUGUAUGAAUCUUUUCCUCUGCAAGAUGGAGCUCAAGGAAGAGAGAUUUCAGGAUGACAUCAGAAUGUAUCUAAAUUCAGGAGUGAAACUCUCAUCCAUUGACUGUGCAAUACUGUCAACAGUGCUGCAAAUAUCUGGGGAAGUGGUUGAGGAACUUGAUCUGACAAAAUCCAUUACACCAUUUAUAGGGACUGAGAAACUUGUCCAGCAAUUGAAGAACUGCAAAAAGGCUGUACUCAAGAAUGGUCAUUUAAGCAAUGAUUGUCUAGGUGUACUACUGUCCAUACUUCAGUCAGCAGACUCUUGCUUGAGAGAGCUGUGCCUGGUGUAUUUUUCUAACUUCAAUGAUGAUUUUCCGUACGAUCUCGUUGCUGUACUGGGAAGUCCUGACUGUAAACUGGAGACACUGAGGUUUUCUGGGUUUUCUCUAGACUUUAGGAAUUGUCACAAAAUGGUCUCUAUCCUUCAAUCAGAACUAUCACCCCUGAAGGCGCUGCAUUUGACCAACUGCAUAUGCAGUUAUCCAAAGGACUGCAGUGGAUAUUGUACAAAAGACAUGAAGACAAAUGAGAACUAUGUAGAGUCCAGUGAUGAAUUCCCCCCACUGACUAUGAUUCCUUCUGCUUUGAUUGGUCCGAUCUGUAAACUGGAGAAGUUCAGCAUGCCUGGAUGUUACCUGAAAAAUAAAUGCUGUCAGGUUUUUGCCUCAGUUCUCAGCUCUAACUCCCAGUUGAGAGAGCUUGACCUCAGUCGCAAUGACUUGCAGGAUUUAGGCGUGCAGCUGCUCUCUGUUGGACUUGGGAGUUCUAGAUGUCGGCUGGAAACACUGAGGCUGUCACGCUGUGGGAUCACAGAGGACGGCUGUGUCUCUCUGGCUUCAGCUCUGAAAUCCAACCCCUCCCACCUGAGAGAGCUGGACCUUAGCUACAAUCAUCCUGGAGUGUCAGGAGUGAAAGUGCUCUCUGAGCGACUGGAAAACCCCAAAUGUAGACUGGAAGAGCUCAAUGUCGACCAUAAUGAAGAACACUGGGUCAAUCCACAUCUUCUGAGCAAGUAUGCCUGUGAUCUUACAUUCGACCCCAACACUGUGAACAAAAACCUCCUGCUAACUGAGUAUGACAGGAAAGUGAGCUACACUCAGGAAAAGCAGCCCUAUCCUGAUCAUCCAGAGAGAUUUGACCAAACAAAUCAGGUGCUGUGUAGAGAGGCUCUGACUGGGCGCUGCUACUGGGAGGUGGAGUGGGAAGCAUUUGUGAAUAUUGGUGUUGCGUAUAAGAGCCUACAGCGGAAGGGACACUGGGCCAUAGAAAUUGACCGAACCAACAAGAGUUGGUGUUUCAAUAUCACCUCUUCAAAUGGUUACUCCUUUCGACACAACCUGAAGGAAACUUUUAUACCAGUCCCACACAUUGAUGUCCAAGAAUUCCCAACAAAAACCAAGAGACUGGGACUGUUUCUGGACUGGCCAGCCGGCGUUCUGUCUUUCUACUUGGUGUCUGAUGACACGAAAACUCUCAUUCAUACCUUCCACACCACUUUCACUGAGCCUCUCUACCCAGCAUUCACUGUUUAUUUAGGAUCCUCUUUGACCCUGUCCAGUGUCCCGAAGAUGAAAAUGUAUACUGCUCAAUCAAGCUUCACACCUGAGAUGAGAUUAGAAAGAACAGGCAUUUCAUACAGGUUCACGUUCCCUGGUCCGGGGUUGUUCCGGUGUUCUUUGACUGGUCUGGUCUUCGAUGUGACUCAUGAGAGCGAGGUCACCUACAGGACUCUGAUCUGGGAUCCUAUGGUUCUCCAGCCAGCGCACAAGGUGGCUGGAGGCCCGCUGUUCAGCAUCGAGUGUUCUCAGGACUCUGUUCGUCAGCUGCACCUCCCACACUGUGAGCCUGAGCCUGCACUGGUCUCUGACAGCAUCGCUGUUGUUCACAUCACGGAUGAUGGCAUGAGCAUCAUACAGCCUCUGGAGAUCACUGAAACUCACGUGGUCGUGGACGUUCCUCACCUCUCUGCCUUUGGCAUCGUCUGGGAUCUCACCACGCGGUUUUUCAAUUACGGGACAAAACCCAUUCGUGGCCAAGUCCUGCUGUUCCUCAGAAACAGGCCGCGCCUCAUCCUCAGUGUGAUGCUGCUACCAGGAAACGUCCCUCUGCACGACGUGAAAGUGCAGCACACUACUUCAGAGUACAUCGAAGUGCCGUCCUUCUGUUAUUUCCACAAAGGCCAAAAGUACAGUCUCAACAGCGCCCCACAGCACUUUAAAAUCCAGCCUGCAUGUGCAGAGUUUUUUGAAAAUUAUGGACCAAAUUACCACCCGACCUUUGAGAUCAUCCUGACCACGAGCACAGAGGAAGUGACGUUGAUGGUGCAAGAUCCAGAAAAGACACAAGUGUGGGAGCAUGACCUCCAUCUGCCAGCUUCAUCCUCUCAUGAUUCUCCAGCUGGAAGUCCUCCUCAGAUGGGGAUCAACACCUCAGCAGAGAAGCUGCGACGAGCUCGGACAAACUUCAUCGAUAAAGUGUCGGAUCCGGUUCUGAACAAGCUGCUGGAUGAGCUGCAGCACUUCACCGUACUGACCGACGCUGAGGGCGAAGCAGUCAGAGCCAAACCCAGAGCCGACAAAGCACGAGACCUGAUCGACACGGUGCGAAAGAAAGGAGCAGAAGCAAGUUCAAAACUGAUCGACGUCUUUCAUGCCAACGAUCCGUACCUGUGCAAAGAGCUCAGCUUAAUGUGAAGCAGAAAUCUGUGGAGUGACGAUCACAUGCUAACAUCACCAAGCACAACACACACUCCACAAAAGAAGAAAAACCAACACUGAUGUGACUUCAGAGGCUUUAACUGUUCGAUUGUGCGAGGUUCAAGCUGAGACUGAUCAACACUAAAAAAGCCAAAGCUGACAUUCCUGCAUGUUCCCAUCAACACAUCAAAAAGUGUGCUCAGUGAAUAUUAUGCUGAGAGUGCUGUGCUGCCAGCUGGGAUUAAUAUUGCAUAUCAGCUAUAUUUUAGCUAUAUUGGAGCUUUGUGGCACAACAGCCUCUGAAAACAGAAUAGAGGAGCAAGAAGAAGCGCUCCAGCUAGCUAAUUCACCUACAGACCAGACAGAGAGAUGAAGUGAAUUAAUUUCUAUAUGAUCAAAUGAUGUGGCAACAUUAUUCUCAUUGCAUCAAAUGUCAGAUGCUGCUGGGUUCUCAAUGCUGUGAGAUAACUGGUUUCAAAGAGCAGCCAGUAGACUGUAGUUUGAGUCCUGUUUGGAACUUUGUUUUUCUUGUUUUCAUUUUUGCUUAUGAGGAUGAGGUUUGGUGAUGGAGGCACAAAAUCUGCAGAGUUCUUUAUGAGGCCUCACAGACGAGGAGUUGUUACAGACUGAGUCUGGUGGAAAGUCUUUUCAGGUUAGAGAGAAAUUUUUAAAGGUUUACACUUCAUUUUAAAAUGUGUUUUAUUACGAGUGGAAUUCAGUUCAGUUCAAUUCAAUUUUAUUUAUAUAGCGCCAAAUCACAACAGUCACCUCAA